GUUCUUCUCUCUCCCCCGCUGUUGUGGCUACACACCUUCCAGCUUGUUUUCUUCUAUUGUGUUAUAAUAGUUUUCUGAAAUCCGUCUGAAAGUUGUUGCACUGAGAUUUGGGUCAGGCGUUUGUGGAGAACACACGAGUACAGAGCCAACUCACACCGUGAGCGUAUCUUCGAUUGCACCACUCGUCGUCUCCCUCAUUCUUCACGCGACUGCGGACGCAAGAGGACGAGGAAAUUGGUCUUUCAUCGCGACGUCAUGGCAAGGACAUUUUCCCUCUUAGUAGCGCCCCUUUUGGUCGUCUUUCUUGGCUAUUGCCAUGCAGAUCCUGAGUAUUGCGAUCGAGGCUUCCUCAUCUCUAGCAAGUUCCACACCUGCUGGGAGACAGCCACUGCCAAAAGACCUUUCAGCCAGUUGCAUAAAAUCCAUGCAGUAUACACACCACAGCUGUUGGAAUUGUAUGCAUCUCACAUGUGUAGACAUCAUUGAUCACCUGAAACCUAUCAGAGGAGAUUCCCCGUGCUUCGAUGUGGCCGAUCAGGCCUACAAGUGUUACGAGAUGGCCGGAGAGAAAAUCCUGAAGAGUGGAGUCAGCCACAUCAACAUUGACUUCUUUUACAAAGUAGCCGACAAAUUCUUUGGUUACAUCUGGGACUGCCACGUCGACCUCUUCAAGGGCAUGUCAGACGUCUGUGAGAACUGGCAGAUCCCCAUGUUGUUUUCUCUGCAGCAAAACGCCAUGCCCUCUCUGUUCGGCAUGAAACUGGACAACUACCAAAUUUCCAAACUUGAGCUAUCAAGAAACAAAUCGGUGCUCCCGGUCACAACCCCUGCCCCCGUGGUGGACGAGACCUGCAAGAAUGCACGAGUGACCAGCUACCUGCUGAUGAGGGUGGUGAAGGACAAGAGGGAGGCACAACCGGGGGAUAUUCUGGUACAGCUGGAUGCUGGUGGUGACCUCCAGGACGGUGGACGGAGGCCCCGACAUGAAUGACGAGGUGUACAGCUUCGUUGCCGACAUCGUCAAUUCAGAGGGUGGCAUUGACAUGAAAGCGUUGAGGAAGAAGCUGAAGGAGGACAGGAAAAAGCAAAGGGAGGUCAACGACUUCCUCAAGAAUAUCAAGAAAAAGGAGUCGAAGAACAAAAAGAAGGCAGCGAAGAAGCCGAAAGCCAAGGGAACCCAAAAUGACGGAAUGAUCAACUAGAAGUUGAUACUGACAGUGUUUACUUAAAAGUUACCAUGGGCAGGAUAUUUACUUAAAAGUAAACUUGAGCAGAAAGUUUAAUUGUAAGUUAUUUAUACAUAAAUACAUAAUAUAAUGUAUAACGUGUUAGAAGUUUGUACACUGGAAUCAGAAUGUUCAAUACAUCAUGUAGUAAAUUGUGAUGAACGGAACUAUCAAUUAGAACUUAAUACAAAGUGGAGGCAGUUUGAUUAAUAAGAAUUUAAUGUGUACUUACAGAUAAAUUAAAAUUUCAUAUAAACUGAAGAACGAAUAAAAAUAUGAAUGCUAGUAUUUGCAAGCGUUUGAUACGAAAGAAGGAGCAAACCACCUUCAUUAAUUUUUCAGCCAACAGGCACAAAACAUGUUUUUUUUACAUAUGCAUGUAUUAUUUGUCAGCUAUGCUCUGUAUAAUUCUGGGCAUGUACAUUCUUGUUAAGAUAGGAAAUUGUUUGUACUUCAUUUUUAACAAUCAUGGCUCAAUGUAACUAGAUUGCAAAUAUCCAUAAAAUGACAAGCUUGUCUUCAAUUUGCUCAUACAGUAUCAAAUUAUCUUGGUAGACCUUUCUAUUGCUUCCCUAAAUUUGAAUGACGAACACAUGACUGAAAAAAAACUGUCUCAACUGUUGACGUAUUUCCUUUUAUUUUGUACGUGCAGUAGGCCUAUAUGGAGAGUACUGUAGGCCCUGAACUUGAACCUAUGGAAUAAAAACCUUUCUCUCUCUCUCUCCCUCUCCCUCUUUCUCAGCCUCUAUUUUCUCUGUUUCUCUCUUCUUCUUCCCUCUUUCUUAUCUCUCUCUCUCUCUAUGUUCUUGUCAUUGAAUCUUGUGCAUACAUAAUUUGUUGUAUCAUGAAAAUUUUGAGAGAAAAAUUUGGCAUUCCCACCUUUGAACUUCAGCCUUUUCAUGAUGUCAUCACACCUAUUGAUCACCUGGAUUUUCAUAUAGAUGUUUUCUAUUUUUAUUCUGACAAAUUUAUAAAUAUAUACCACAAUUGUUCAAUAAACUAUUUGCACACAAAG